GUAGUCUGCGUCAAAAUUUUUAUCGCUAUAGCAGAGAGGAGAGGACUGAUUGGUUAUUGACGAACAAAGAUAAUCAGUGAUAAGUGAUUAGAUUGUAGAGAACUUACCUGUUUCGAUUCUCUUGUUAUCUGACUGCCGUUGAGAGAAGAAUGUAUCGUGCUUUUGUCCUCUUCUCAUUCUUUGCCUCUUUCCUCCUUUUCCAGAGCGCCUAUGCUCAGUUUUUAUUAACGCUUUACUCCUUUUUACUUUUAUCUAAUAAAGAAGAAGAAGCUGAAAGAGCUGAAAAUCCAGCAGAUUUAAUUUUGGGAAAGGUAGAAGUCUAUGUUGAAGAAGCCAUUCUUAAACUUGGUCAAAAUACUAGAUUAAUUUGUAUUACAAAAUUCAAGAAAAAACCAGAUACAGACAUUACUAGUAUUUGGUUAAAAAAAGCUUACGAUUCGGACAUUAACGAAACCGAAACUGCAAGCUUAACUCUGGGUCCAACUCUGAUAAAUGAGUACUAUCAACCUCGCUACAGUGUUAAAAUAAAUGAAGACAAUAAAAACAACAUGUAUACCCGUAAUUAUACGCUUUCAAUAGUAAAUGCUUCAGUGGCCGAUUCCGGAUUAUUUGUGUGCCUGCACCAAAUAGGUACUAAAAGAUUUUCCGGUAACCAUAGCGUUCUAGUGAACAAAGUAAUUGGAACCUCCUGGAACACUUCUGCCUAUGACCAAACAGCAAAUAGGUCAUUGGUUGAGGAAGGUUCUCUAGAUGCUAAAGCAUCAGAGACAUACGACUUGGAAUGUUCAGUUAGACACACUAGCAAUUUGCACGUUUACAACAGAGCUGAUGUAUAUAUUUCUGGCACAAAAGAGAGUAAGAAAACCAACGUCAGCAGCCUUUUCAUUAGGACCAACGCAUCUAGAAGCUCAACCGAUGAGAACUACAUUAAAACCGCUGUAGAUGGUGCAAAAUUCGAAAAAGAUCCAUUAAUCCAAUUAUACGAUACAAGUCUUAGAAACAAAAAAUUUAAGUUUAACUAUACCCAUAACGGUCAAUACCUUCAUUGCUUUGGCGCAAAUGACAAAUCUGGAGCCGGUAGUAAAGAUGCCGUCAUUAGAUUGAAUAUUACUCAUGCACCAGCAUUUAAGUGUGAUCACGUCCAAAAAGCUUCACUGCACGCCACCAACAAUGCAAUAAAAUGUAAAGUCUACGCCAACCCUAUGAUUGCUAAGGAAAUGUACUGGGAAUUCUCUUACGGUGGAGAUAAGUCUAAGCUUCGCCCAGGACAACACAAGGGUAAACACGACUAUAGAAUAACCGCCGGAAUUAAGAAGAAGACCAACGAAUAUGUUGAAUUCUCUCUUCACUUUGCAAAAAUUCGACAAGAAUACUUUAAAGAUUAUAAGUUGGUAGCAAAAAAUUCUGAAGGAGAAAAGUCUGUUAAAAUCCGAUUGCAACAAAAAACUUCACCGAGAGGAGCUGCAUCCCAAACAACGGCUCAAUUUAGCAUGCUUUCCAUUUUAUUUGUUGUAGCAAGAAUAUUCUCCAAAGCUUAG